CUCGCUUUUAAUCCUGUUUCCCUCCAUUUCUUUUUUCCCUGUGCUAAUUAUUUGAAUUAUUUCACGAAGACACGUCGACCUGGUCACCUAGGAAGGAAAUCAAACUUUUUCAAGGUGCCAGGAGGAGACUUCAAGAUGGCCACCAUCUCAGGACUAUCGCUGCUGCUGCUGCUGCUCGUAGCAGGCGCAAGUUUGGCCCAACAAGAGCGCUCCAUCAGCAGCGGAGGGGCGGUGCGUCGGCGGAACAGACUGCCAGCAGGCAAGUCCGAGGUGCUGGACUUCAGUUGUCCCGAAGACUUCGGUUACUACCAGCACCCCACAGACUGCACGCAGUACUACGUCUGUGUCUUCGGCGGGGCCUUGCAGGAGUCCUGUUCCGGUGGACUUGUCUACAGUCACGAUCUGCAGACAUGCGAUUGGCCCCGUAACGUGGUCUGUAACGUAGACCUGUCAGGACCCAUCUCCACCGUCCUCGUGACAGACCCUCGCACUGCAUCGCCCCCAACGUCACAGCGCUCAAACCUCACCCCUUCUGUCAGUAGCAACGGUUUCCCCGAGGCCCUGCGCACCGGCAGCGGACGGAAGGAGCUUUCUGGUCCGUCUUCGAACGCCGUCAACCGACAAGGACGCAUCAUAAGCAGCAAGGAUGACCCUGCCCAGCAAGACAUCCGUGGCCGCUUCCAAGUUCAGGAGUCCACUAAUCGGGCAUUCAGCGUGUCACCGACUACCUCGAAAAGCACCUUUUCAUUCCCAGACGAACUUCUACGACAGAAGCGUGACGCGACAGACCCACUUGACAUGACGCUCGACGAAAGAAAAACCAAUAGUAAAAACAGCCGAUCACUCGCACUUGACCACAAGGCUUUGUCGUCGGGAUAUCCUAGAAUUGUGACUCGAGGCUACGAUGAAUCGUUUAGGGAUUCAGCUGGUAACGCCAAAAAUUUUGCAAAUUUUGGAAAGCCGGGAAGGUUCAACCAAUUUACAUUCAUUGACAAGGAGCCAAUAACCAGUGUUAGAGAGAAAGUACACGACUUCUUCUCAUUGGAUUCAAUCGAAGAAGACUUAGAUCGAGCUCAUGAACAUUCCGACACUGAAGCUCGGCAGAGCUCCAAUAUUCUACAUCAUCGACCAAUCGAAAGGUGGCACAGAAGAAGGCCUUCACAAGAGAAUAGUAACAAAAGGAGCGUAGGUCCAUCUGCAUUCGAGUACAACGCCGCGAAAAGUCAGCUCAGAUUUCCUUUCCAUAGCAACUUUCCCGCUCACAUUUCUGAUGCUUUUAGACCUCAAUCAUUUGGACAUCAGCCCCACAGCAAUCAUCCACCAAGAAAUGUGCGGACAAAUCCAUCUUCUGCGCAACCUUAUUCGUUAAAAUUCCACAAAGGCAGCAAUGUAUCUCCAGGUAUUCAACCAUCAUCUGGUUAUUCUUUGUCAUCUUCGGCAAAUCCAUUCCAGAGAUUCAUUGAAGAACACAACGAUCAUGGACAAGAAAUGAGCAAUCCCUUCCGAGAAAGACCCAAGCCAAUGCCACAAGAAAUUUAUCCAUUCAGUGAAGAUCAGCCAACACAUCUGUAUGACUUUGGUCCACCAUUGCAUGACAAAGGCCACCAAAGACCCUCCGUUGACCGCCCACCACCCUCUGCUCCGUUUGCCAGUCAACAAGGUAGAACUUACGACCGACCCAAAUUCCCAAUACAUAUUGGAAAUCACGACCAAUCUCAUUUCUCGGAUGAAAAAACAAAUCCUAAAUUUCUAAUCGCUUCUCAUGGGUCAAUUCUUUUUUCCCAACCUCAGCCUCAUGAGCCCAAUGCAAAUAGCGUUCGUGAAAAACAGCACGCGGCCAGUUUGCCAUAUACACACGAGUCGAUUUCUGAUGAUGUGAAUCCAACCCGACAGAUGGACCGCUCAGUACAGCCUGUGGAAACGCUACGAUCUAACCAAGCUUAUCAGAACAGUUGGAACGAUCACACUCUUUCACCAGUGGCUCCAGACAAUCAUCCGUUUGAGGUUGAAAGUAGUGAUGAUAUCUUGCCUCGCCCUCCAUUAACCAGAUACCACGAAGAACUCGACUACCCGUUGGUGACUGAAGAUUAUGAAUAUAUUGACGAAUACGAUUAUGACGAGACUGAGCCUUCUAAAUCGAAUAAUUUUGAGAAACCAAACAGCUAUCGGCCUCUCAAUUCUAUUGAAAAUCAAAGCCCGCAAAACGCCCCGCCUAGAUCUCGACCUGAAGUUCAGCAGUCAAUAAAGUUUACCACACCAUUGCCCCCUCAACCUGAGUUUACUCAACGAUCUCCUCAGUUGCAUCAACCAAAGUUUACUGCAAAGCCUCCUGUUAGGAAUCGAACUCCUCUUAAUCGUCAAGUCGACAAAAAGACUUUAGUUUCCAUCGAGCUCCAAGAAAGUACUCCGAAGGAUGACCCAACAACGGAGAGACCUUCAAGGCCAACACGGCCAAGAAUUCAAAUUCCAGUAAGGCGACAGCGUAAAACUUCAACUACGACACCGAAGAUAGAAUCUGCGUCGACUUUGAAACCGUUCACUUUACCUCCUUAUGAUAAACCUUCAUCAGUUAGAGAGAGCAUUAAAAGUUCAAACGCAGACAAGACGUCCAUUCUUGUACAGGAAACGGGUCGAUAUUCUGAACUGUCCAAACUGCCUGACACAUCAGCAGCAUUCAAAAUCAAGACUGACGAACGACAAUUUCACAACCGACAAAAUUACAGACCUGCUCUCCCCGGCGUCAAGGCUAGCAGCUCUUCCUUCCAGAGCCAAUUCGACUCGCGCCCUCAGACUCCCUCUUUCACUAACCAACAACAACAGCAACAACAGCAGCAGCUACAACCGCAACAGCAGCAGCUACAACCGCAACAGCAGCAGCUACAACCGCAACAGCAGCAGCGACAACAAAGUAUUACUCCUGCUCCACCAGCUCUCGAUGAUUACACCGACUUGCUGAACCUCACCGAUGCCGAGUACUUCUAUCUUUAUGAAGAUCUACUUCUCGAAGAUUAUUUGGAUGGGUCGGCAGGGUCAUCGACCGUCAGGCCAACCACUCGCGUUCCGAUCAGAUUGAAUCCGCAAGCGAUCGAUUUUCGAACGUUCCCGAUCGACUCGUUCUCUCCCUCGCUCACUCUUACGACUUCGCGCACACCACACACCAUUUCGCCAAAGCCACUCCCACUUCCUACCUUUAAUUCAAUACACACUCAUCCUACCACCACGUCUGCACCAUCAACGAUUACUUCUCUCCAAAACCUGCAGAAGUUGAAGCCCAAUACAAUUGAUUUGAGGCUCAACUUGACCGAUAACCUUCUGCAAUACCAAGACAUUGACCCAGCACCAUCUUUCUCUAUGUCUUCCCCUUUGCAUUCAAAUCUCCCUACAUCUUCCAUUAUUGCAUUACCUGAUACCUUUCCAACUGAUGAGUCUCCCCUACCUUUCUCAAAUUUCAAACUUUCUCAAACUUCUGAUAGACCUUCAGAUAAAGCUUGGUUUUCUGAUCCUUCUUCUCAUUCGUCUUCAAAUCACGCUAAGAUAUCAUCAAAAUCCUCUUUUACAUCACUCUUUUUACCAGAAAGUGAGAUAUCCCUUCAAGACCAAAUAUUACCCAAAAGGUCUAAUGCUCCUGAAAAACGCCUAAAAAUUCUUGUUCCCAAAAGUUUACGUUCCUCCUCUACCUCAAUUAAAACAUCAGCGAGUGCCAUUAUAAGGCCAGUUUCUGAUGAUGUUGAUGAUAUCGUGGAAGAUGAAUUGGAAGCAGAAUCCACAUUGCCAGAAGAACCCACUUUGAUAACAGAUGAACCGUUCCAUCCAAUUGAUUCUGCAUCUGAUGCUAAUAUUUCUACCGCUACUAAUGAUACCACCCCUACCAAUAACCCUAAGGUUAAGGUUGUAGCUGCCAGCUACAAAGCUUCUGAUGCCACUACCAUCCAGCCAUUUCAUGACAACAUCGAUGUUUUGCCUUUGUUUCCUUCUAACCGCACCACUCCUGCGUCAAAGUCCAUCCUGCACCCAAAACCUUUACCAAACACUAAGCCGCUUGCUCCGCGCACUAACCUCCAACCAAUCGUCCAGCUAUCUCCGAAUGCUUCUUUUGUUAGAAUUUUAUCCAGGCAAUUAACAGAUGGUCCAUCUCCUGUUCAAUCAGUUAGAAGUAUCAAGAAACUUCGCUUACGAUCGCUUUCUGUUUCAAGUCCUUUGAAUUCAACUACUGAGCAGAUACCGAUUUACGGGGAACCAAGUGAAGAUCAAAAUGCUGAUCAAGAUCCCCUUUUGGUGGGCGACGAUACUGUAAGCGACGAUUACGUAUUCCUUGACACAACUCCUAAAGAAGUGGAAGAUAACGCUGUAGAUGAUAAAUCUAACAAAAAAUUAGCAUUACUAUUUCCAAAGCGUUUCCGUACUGAUGACAUUGCAAAUACUGGACCAAAAAUUACUAAGUCUACGACUACAGCCAGCACAAUACCUGAAUUAGAAUUAUUUGAUGAUCUUGCUGAGAAUAACAGGUUUCCGCGACCGAAACUUCCUAAAUUAUCAUCUGUUCGAAACUCCCUCUCAGCUGUAUCUGAUUCAAUAGUAAGUAUUAGCCCCUCUUACCGUUUAACAUCUCGACUGUCAUCGAAUCACCCUGCAGCCAAAAUACAGUUGCUUUCCGAUUCUUCCAAAAUUCACCCAAAUGGAAAUAUUAGGGCCCGUUUCAGACCUCCCAGCAUUAGCACUGUCCCCGAUCAUCCAAAAUUUAUUCCAAGCGUUCAAAUUAAAUUUCCUCCAAGUCCUAUUACUCACGAGGUUCUUAAGCACAGAUUUUCACCCGAAAGAUUUACCAACCUUCGAAAAGAACCGUUGACUGAAUCUCCCAACAAACUUGAGUUAACAACCACCCCAACUCCAAAGCCUGGAACCACCACGACUCCAAACCCUGUAACAACCACCACUCCAGAACUUGUAAUAACCACCACUCCAGACCCUGUAACAACCACUACUCCACGCCCUGCGUCAACCACAACUCGAAAAUUCCUUAAAACCACGACUUCAAAGCAUGUAACGACAACUACUCUAAAUCCUGUGACGACCACGGCUCUGAAGACCGUGACUAUCACGACUCCGAAACCCGAGACUACCACUACUCCGAAACCCGAGACUACCACGACUCCGAAACCCGAGACUACCACGACUCCGAAACCCGAGACUACCACGACUCCACACGCUGAAACAUCCUCGACCGCAACGCAUAUAACUGCGUCGACUGCGGGGGUUAAAACAACCACGUCCACAGAAAACCCUGUUGCAGAAUAUGACACCACUGAUGCUUUAUAUAUGUAUGAAGAAUCAUACUAUGAAGUCGAUCCACUGAGUUACACAGACCAAGAAUAUAUUGAAGAUGUUACCGAGACUUCGGCGAGAGACCAUAAAACCAUGGAUCAAGAUUCGCCCUCGACUGAACGUCCCAAGAGUCUUCCUCGACCAAUGUUACCGUUCCCAAAACGAUCAUCUUCAACUACUCCUAGCUCUGCUGACGUAAUAAAGUUGAUCGAUCAAACAGAAGAUAUUGAUGGAAAAUCGACUUCUACAACGGUUCGCCCAAUAUUAAAGCCAAUAAGACCGGCCAAAGAAUCAUCCCUCACUGGCUCACCUACUGACUUGCAUAAUUUACCCAAAGACGUCGAACAGGCAACCAAUGCUUCCGUUUCUCAACAGGAGCAUUCAAACACAACGAAUGAAGUGCUAGAACCUUUUGGUUCCGACUUUACUCAAUCAGAUCAUGGUAAUUCAUCCGACCAUACAAACUCGACGCUAGAUAAAGAAAAAUCUAAAUCGCAUCCCCUUCUGGCAUCCCUUAGAAGUAGAGUUCCCUUCCUAAAUGAUGAUGAUAGUGGUCUUGAUAGUUCAAAUAACACCUCUUCUGCUUCCGAUAAUGGCUCAAGCAAGCCAAUAAACCCCGAAAAGAAUACCCUAAACCCAUUGCUGCUUCUUAAGAAUACCGCUUCCUUGCGUCAAGUAGAAGCAUCAAACAAUUCUAGUUCUCUUAACUCUUCCCUUAUUUCUUCCUCUACUUCUGUCUCUCCUAAACCAAAUGCUGGCCGUCUUGGGCACUUGUUCCCGACUCCCAGGUCUGAAGUUGCCAAGUCGCUGAGGCAGAGCAGUCAGCCCAAGACGCAGAGUUCUAAGGCAUCGCCUGUUGAUAGUUCCCGACCGUCCAGGCUUACUCUGAAGCCAGUGUCUGAAAUUGUGAAAAACACUGAUCAUCAGAUCACCAACAUUUGGAAAUAUCCUGCACGAAGGCCGCCACCAGUCUACCCACAGCCGCCCUACAACAGCCUGGCGACAGCCUGUGACAGGAAGCUCUGCAGGCUGCCAGAUUGCAACUGCGGUGGCAAAGAAGUUCCAAAUGGCAUAGCCCCUCAGGACGUUCCUCAAAUGGUGCUGCUAACGUUCGAUGACUCUGUCAACGACCUCAAUAAAGAACUUUAUCAGGAUCUUUUUGAACGAGGCCGAACGAAUCCUAAUGGCUGUCCUAUCGCUGCCACUUUCUACAUUUCGCACGAAUGGACUGAUUAUUCGCAAGUGCAAAAUCUUUACGCUGAUGGCCAUGAGAUAGCCUCGCACUCAAUCACUCACAGCUUCGGCGAGCAGUUCUCGAAGCUGAAGUGGGCAAAGGAGAUCGCCGGUCAGAGGGAAAUCAUGUCAGCGUAUGGCGGCGUGCGCAUGGAAGAUGUCCGUGGCAUGAGAGCGCCUUUCCUUGCUGUUGGCGGCAACAAAAUGUUCGAGAUGUUGUAUGAGCAAAAUUUCACGUAUGACUCAUCUAUGCCUGUGUACGAAAACCGACCUCCCAGCUACCCUUACACCCUCGACUACAAGCUCUUCCACGACUGCAUGAUCCCGCCUUGUCCCACCAACUCAUUCCCAGGUCUCUGGGAGGUGCCGAUGGUGAUGUGGCAGGAUUUGAACGGAGGGCGCUGCUCCAUGGGUGACGCAUGUACGACCCCCCCUGACGCAGAGGGCGUCUACAAGAUGUUAAUCAAGAACUUCGAACGCCACUACACCACCAACAGGGCUCCCAUGGGUCUGUUCUACCACGCCGCUUGGUUCACGACGGCGCACCACAAGGAAGGCUUCAUCGCUUUCCUGGACACAAUCUCUGGCAUGCCUGACGUGUGGCUGGUCACUAACUGGCAGGCCUUGCAGUGGAUGCGCGACCCUGUGCCUCUGUCCCAAGCUAAAAGCUUCAAGCCAUUCCAGUGCAACUACCCCGAACGACCAGCGCGCUGCACUUCGCACCGCGUGUGCAACGUGUGGCACAAGGGAGGCGUGCGCUACAUGCGAACGUGUCAAAAAUGUCCCGAGGCUUACCCUUGGGUGGGCGCUACCGGCGUGGCAUCUCCGCUCAACGACUAGGUCUUCUUAACAAAUUAGAUUUCUCCGGCUUCUAUGAACACGAGUGGCAAGGAUGAGAAAAUUUCCGUUUCGACUGACGAAACAAUUAUUGGCACCAAUGUGUUAGUGGCAGUCACGAUCACCAACAUUAAUCACUGCAUUAGUCGUGACCACAGUCACCAACAUUAUUAAGCAGCUAACAAAAAUUAUGAUUUUUUGACAACACGAUUGAUGGACAAUUAAAUAUUGAUUUAGAUGUGAGCAUUGAAAUUGUAGUAGCUAGUAAUGGAGUCAAGCCCUGGCAAGCUAUACUAAUUUUAUGCUGCCUUCUCUAUAUAUCAAAUGCCAUCGACUUGAAAAUAACUGCCUUGAGAUCCUUGUUAUGGAGGAAAUUUAACUUUUUUAUUUUAAUUAUUUACAGGUUUCUCAAACAUUCAAAAACAGGAAAAAUGAACGCUUUACAAGGUUGCCCACCGAAGGGUUUACAGUGCUAGGAAAUUUAUCAAGAUAUCUUUCAGUGUUUGCCAUGUUGAAAUAAAUGUUAGUUUUUGAAAAAAAUUGCACCUGUUGACUUCGUCAUUAAUUGACAUGCGUGUCAUACCGAAGAUUUAUUCUAAAUAUAAAGCCACCGGCUUCAACAAUGCAUCGUAUAUUUUCUUCACAAUCCUGAAUUUUCUGUCGCAUAAUUUACUUCCAAUUUCAUUAUAUAGUUUGUGAUUUGUUAGUAUUAUGUUUUGGUUAUUGGAUGAUUUUAUGAUUUCCAAGUCUCGAAGUCUUUCAACUUUUGCAAGCAUUUGUUGUCCAGAAAUUGAGACUUGGAAGAACAAUUUGUUUACGAAUAUAACAAAUUAAUUCAAGCAUAAAAUGAUGCCAAAAGAUAUUGUUUAUUGACUAAUAAUGCUCUCUGAAAAUGUUAAAAAGUAUUGAAAGAUUUUUUCUGCCAUAGCGAUCUUAAAGUUUGUCGAAUAUAUGCAAUAAUAUCUGUAGCAUUGCAGUUUCGAAUGUAACAGUUCACACUUAAAUUUUCUUAAAAGUCGUGUUGAGUUCGAACGCGUACGCAAUAUUAUGAAUCGAAUAUUUCAAGUGUAGAUAUGUAUAUAUUAUUAGCAUAUCAUUGUACUCUCUAGUGCCACUUAGCUUUAUUAGUGCGGCUAGUACAUUAUAUUUUUCAUGUUCAUUGGUUGUAAUGUCUAGAAUUCGACUGCAGUUGAGAAUAUCAAUAAGGUGGUUUUUGCUAUGUAUUAUUUGUCUUCAAAAUCGGUUCUGCCAGGGACUGUUCUGGUAUUGAGUACUGCAGCUGCACUAGAAUGUCCUUUAUGUAACUGGUUUUAAUGAAUAAUUUUCUUUUCACAUCAAGGAGCGCUCAAGAAUUUGAAGCAUCUUCACAGAAUCGCAAAAAAAUACCUCACAAAUUUUUAGAACUUCACUUGUCUGCAAUACUUACAUUGAAUCUAAUACUUCUGAUGCCAAAUUUUGUGUGCAUGAUUUUCAAGUAGAAAAUUUUUGACGCUUCAAUUUAAAAUUAAUCGGAAUUGCUUUCUGUAUUUUUCAUACAAGUACGUGAAUAUUUGCGAUUUUCUUGAUAAUUUUCUCAAACUGCCAUAUCUGCUCAUUUCCUUAUGCUGAAAAAAAUUCACUUAUCUUGUUCGGCUGGACCAGCAUUUUUUCUUCAGUUGAGAAACUUUUAACUCGAAACGACACGGAAUUUUUUUUAUAAAACGAGCUGUGAAACAGGAAUCAAUAAAAUACAUGUGUUUCAAUA